AAUACUGCAGCUCAAGCUCAGAUUUCCCAUGCUGUUACCAGUGUGGCUCUGCAGCUCUCUUUCACACAUGCACACUGACAUAAACGCACACGCACUGAGCACGGAUCAUCUUGCAUAUUCACUGGACGGCAUCUUUGUUCUGAGCAGGCAUCAGCCUACACUUAUUUUCACUCUCCUGCAUUUGCUGGCUCCUCUCCUCUGAGGUCUGUUUUUAGGGAGUGCGUCAGAAGCUGUGGCACACGGAUAUGCCUGGUGAAACUGCACAUCAGAGCGGCCCAACACAGGGCCAGAUGGAUUCUGGAGACUCACAAUCAGAGCUACCAGGAGCAGAUCUGUCUGGUCAAACAUCCAGCUCUUCAGCCUCAACUCCAACUGACGGUGUCUCCAGUCCUUCUCCUAGCAGCCCUCCCAAACUCUCCCCACUAUAUACUCCAUUUGGCCCCCGUAUAGUCAUGGCCAAACCCACCACUUUUCCUCGUCCACAGCCUGAAGGUGCAAGUUUUGAACUGGAAGGGCGGUCUGGAACUAUCAGCCAACCAAUGGGGCGGUUUGGUAAAGGAGCCUAUAGAAGAGGUCCUGUGAAAAUGGAACGUAUAAAAGUCCUAACUGGAGCAGAAAUAGAGAGUGACUGUCAGGAGCCAGAGACCAUGGACUCAAGGGUUGUAAUGGGGCAAGAAGCUCUACUGAGAAAUAUGGAGACACAAAGUGGAAUGCUGCUAGGAAAACAGAUAUGCCAAGAAACACCUAGUUCAGGACACCAGCCCUCAGAAUGUUUCAAGAAAGAUCAGGUUGUGCUAGAUGAGAAAGCAAAACUAGACACUGGUCAAUUGAGUCCCAUUGUAGACCAGGGUAAGAGAUUAACUUCAAACCCAGAACAAGAGACAACCAUCGGUCACCUACAUGAAUGUCCAGUCCUAGAAUCCAAAGUAAAAGAUGAUGAACUGACAGGCAGCAGUACUCUUUUCCCAGACAAUGAGGGAGAGCCACUGUCUCUAUCUCAGGGUGAAGUGCCUUCCUGGUCAUUUUCCGAGCCUCCCUAUAUUGUUGACCCACGAUGCAUUGGUGUCCUUCCAGGUCUGGAUCCUGAUCAAUACUAUACAGCCCCUUCAACUCCCAUUAAGAUGGCUUACUGCUCACAUCUAAAGCAACAAUGGCACUCAGGGAGCCAGAGCCAAAGUCCUGGUUCCCCAACUGAUGAAUCUGAUCUGUGCUCCCCUCCUACAUCUCCCUCUGGCUCCUACAUCACAGCUGAGGGAGGAAGCUGGACCUCAUACACCUCCAGCACCUCACAUUCCUGCUCCCCAAAUAUAACAGCUGAGGCAGAGUUGCAAGAGGCUCCUGCUUGCUACGUGGGGUCCCUGUCAGAGAUCGGUGAUGAGCUUGGAGAUGAGCGAAUUGGAACUGAGAGGUAUGCUUGCAUGUGUAAUCCUGAUAUACAAGAGUUGCUCGAAGAUGUGGCCUCUGAAGAUGAUAUGCUGUCUAGGGAGACCUGUAAGCCUCAUUGGGUGAUGGAACAUGUUUCCACACAUGAGAGCAGCAGGAGACACACAGACUACCAGGAAGAGGCCAGCAUGUCUGAGGGCUCUCCAGGGCCAAAAGAUUUCCAGAGAGCACCUGGUGUAACCCAUGCUUCGGAUAAUCUACAUCAUACUCUGGAACUGGAAUUUCAUGCUUGUGUGCCAGAGCCAUUUGCAAGCCUGGACCCCCCUCUAACACCAGAAGAGAAUACAACUUCUUUUCUCCUCAAUCAGAGGCUGACAGCAUUGUCUACUGCACAUGACAUGGGGAGCGAAACCCCAGUUGCGUUCUCCUCAGAGAUUGGAAACAUAGAUAGCAACAGUUUAUAUCUUGAGAUUGGAUCCUCUGCUCCACUGUUCCAUGGCUACUCCAGAGAGGAUGGACCCAUGGGAGAUGCAAUGAUUCCUGCCUCCAUGUUGCCUUUUCAUGGAAGCUUGAUAUUACAGGCUGAUUCCAUGGAGAUAACACUGUUCCCUACAGAGGAUGAGCAGGGGAAUGAUGUUGAUGCAUAUGCUGCUGGAGAGGAGGAAGCAGAUGUAGAUGAGUAUGAUGAUGAGGAGGAUAAAGAUGAUGAUGGUGGUGAUGAUAAUGAAGAUGUGGAUCUCAGCAAUGAUGCACAACAGCAAGAGGCAGAUGGGAGGGAUGGAAGGGGUGUGGAAGACCCAAAUGAAGAUGACACCUCAGCUUCUUUCCUAAAUUCCCUUUCAGAGAACUCAAUAAAUGAGGGAGUAGAUGAGUCCUUUGCUUAUCAGGAUGACACAGAGGAGUCUAUUGAUUCCACUUCUUAUAAUGGGGAUGAAGAUGACCAACUAUAUAGCACAGAAAAGCAUGCUGAACUUGCACAUCAGUUUCUUGGUCUAGAUGAACCUGUGCAGUCAGUGAGCUACCCCAAACCAGAAUCCUCAAGCAGAGACAGUGAAAUGGAGAUAUCCUCUGGAUCAUCUGAGUCCCCAAAUGUAGAAUCACAAGAAAAUUUAGCAGAAUGCAAUGUUCAUGAUGAAAGCAUAAUCACACCACAAUCCCCAGAAACAAAGGCUGAGCUUGCAGAAGGAUUACCUGUAAAUAUUGAAGCAAUAGAGGAAAACCAACAUAGCACAGAUCCCUUAACAGUCACAUUAACUGAAGAGAAAGGACAGCAGAUCAUCAUCAAUGAUCCAACAGUUGAUCAAGACAAUGCAAUAGGAAAAUAUAGUAAAAUUCACUCAUGUGUGGAAGGGGCCUCAGCCGCUGACAUAUGCUACAAAAAUAAUGUAGACAUUAACCAGGAACUGGAUAUGAAAAAUGGAAAUAGCAUGGAAUUGAUGGACACAUCACAAAAGCUGGCUGAAACGGCAACCAAUGACUUAAAUAAGGGAGACCCCCAGCUAACAUACCUUGAUGACUGCAGCCCCACAAACAUUCCAGUCUGUGCAUAUCCUGAACUUUCUGAUGUACCAGAUAACUUAACUUCAAUUGAUGUUCUACCAUUUGAACAUUCCAUGAAUCAAGACAAUCUAACAGACAAUCAACCUGGCAAUGAUGAUAUAAACCAUAGCUCUUCAAAUAUGUCUUGCUCCACUUACAGCAGACUUGUCAUUUCACCAAAGAAAGAGAAUGCUGAGAUCAACAUGACAGAAAAUGAACUUUACUCUGAGAGUUGGAGACCAAGGGAUCCCUUGUCUUUAGGUGAAUGCUGUGACUUUGAGGCUGAAAAUCUGCUGUGUGAGAUAGCCAGAACAGUGCACAGUAAGGGUUUGUCUGUUGCUCAUAACAUUGCUGCUGGAGAAGACAUAAUGGGUGAUGAUGAGGACAACAACAGAUAUUGUGACCUCCAAGAGAAGAUGGCUGAUAUUGAAGUUGGCGUGGUUGAGUCAAACAUUGCCAGUUGGAGAUCCAUUCAGGAUCUUUCAGAGGCAGGAGGGGGUGAGGAUGAUGCAAAUAACCUUCAAAAUCCAGAAAGCAAUCCACUCAUACAUUGCAGUUCAGAAAAGUGUCUGAUUGCAUCAUGGAAUGAUCCUGAAAAAACUUGCAAACCCAUAAUUUUAAGUGCUCCAUCAAAACUUACAUUUAAUAUGCUUUCAAGUGAUGGGAGAGAUGUGAAAGAUCAGAUUCCAAACACAGACUUCAACAUUCCAGAGAAUUUGUCUUCAGACAUAUUUAGUGAAGGAAGUGCUGAAAUAACGUCUAAACUGACAUCUCAGGAUCAUGAAUCUGGUCAACAACCUGACAUGGUCUCCAUUUCAACAUCGACCGUUUCCCAUGAACAAAGUGAUUCUAUAACAGUGAUUUCAACCCAAUCAGACAAUCUUGGUCUGUCUUCAAAUCAGUGUCAUUCAAACCCUCAACAAAUUAGCCUAGCAAACACUUUCUCAGAAAACAAGCUGACAUUCAACUUGCAAGGGGGAUCAUUUGGCAAUUUUACAGUUAGAAAGAAAUCAACCAAUGUAAAGAUUGUUGGCACCUCAGAAGCAACAAUUCUCCAACAAAUAUCUGUUGCUCAUAAAGAGGCAACAUCAUAUUUUGAAGAUGGGGCUCAAAAUGGAGCAGUAAGGCAGGAUGUCAGUCAAGUAGGGGCAAACAUCCAAAAUGACAUUUUAAAUGUUAAAUCCACUGUCAGACAACACCAAGAGCAAGAUACUACAGCUGGCACUCAGGUUCAGGAGAGUGUUAAAUUUGUCACCCAUGAGGACAUAGAAAAUGAAUUGAAAAUAUGUCAGAACAGAGAGGCACAAGAUUUUCCGGAGGAAAUUCAAGUUCUGGAGAGCAACAUAAAGCUUGAUGAAGGUUCAAAUACAUCAGCUCUUCUUGAUGAUGAAAGAGAAGAGGCAACACUAAAAGAAGUGCCAGAUACCAAUUAUUUUCAUGCCUCAAAACUAAAGGUAAUUGAUGCUCUUGAAACCAACAUUGCAGUUUCAGUCUCAAAGGAUAAAGAAAAGACCCAGUGCCAAGAUAAGGAAAUGAAGGCUACAGAUAAUCAAAUAUCAAGCUCUGAUAUAUUUUCAUUGAGAGAGGUAUUUGCUGAAGUGCAGCAAAAAGAGGUUGUCUGUAUAGUAGAGAACACUGAACCUUUUCAAACAUCAGAAGAUUUGAUUUUUCACUUUCCUGAUAGUAGUUGUAUUGAACCAAACGAUUCUGUUCGUACAGAGUCAGUUGUUGCAACUCAGACAAAAGACCUUACAAGUCCUGAUGGGCUAAAAGAACUUCCAAAGUGUGUAGUAGGUUUGACGGAAAGCACAGGAGACAACAAUGACAAUCAUGUAGGGGGCAGUAUAUCCCUCUGUGUGGAAAGCUCAGAACAAGACAGGGUCUCUCCCAGAUGUACAUCCAAAGUUAUUCAGGAGGAGGACCUCUCAACCCACAAACAGGAGUCACAGCCCAUACAUGACAUCUCCAAAAUAUGUGCUCUCUCCUCACAUACUCAACUAGAUCCAGAUGAAAAACCAAGCCCUUCUGACUUUCAAAGUGCCCUUCAGUCCUCUGGAGUUAGCACUAUGGAAUUAGAAUCAUGGGAAUCAGAGGAGCAAAAACCACUUUUGCUUCCUAUUCAAGACACAUGCCAUCAUGAGAGUGAGAAAACAGUCAUGAUGGCAAAGCCAUCCAGACAUGAGAACCCUCCAGUUUGUAAAGGACACCGAACAGAACAGUCCCAGUCCACAACAUCCAAUGGACAAAGAGGCAGUACCUGUGCUCAAAGAUCAUUGAAUCAGUCAGUUGAAAGAGAGACCCUACCUUGCAUCAGUCCAAGACCAGACUUGGUAAAAUCUCAAAAGCAACAGAGUAAAGAACGAGAUGUGUGCCCAAUUAGCUACAUAUCAAAAAGCCCAGAGGAUGUGGAUCUCCCCUUCAAAAAUUGCAGUUCAGGUAAUGAAACCGAUAGUGAUGAUUCAGUGCCUGAGCUGGAGGAACCCAGUGAAACAUUGCUUAGACCCUCAAACCCACAGUUACCACACUCUCCUGCUGAUGAAUCGGUGAGCAGGGCUAAGCAGAGUCGAAGUGAGAAAAAAGCACGAAAGGCGAUGUCAAAGCUUGGGCUGAAACAGAUCCAUGGAGUGACACGGAUCACCAUUCGGAAGUCCAAGAACAUACUCUUUGUUAUUACACGCCCAGAUGUGUUCAAAAGUCCUGCAUCAGAUAUUUACAUAGUAUUUGGAGAGGCAAAGAUCGAAGACCUGUCACAGCAGGUACACAAGGCAGCGGCAGAGAAAUUUAAGGUUCCUCUCGACCCCUCACCUCUGCCAUCAGACAUCACACCCAGCCUGACCAUAAAAGAAGAGAGUGAGGAAGAAGAGGAGCUGGAUGAGGGUGGGCUGGAGCAGAGAGAUAUCGAGCUGGUAAUGGCACAGGCCAAUGUGUCUCGAGCUAAAGCUGUCCAUGCGCUGCGUCACAAUAAGAACGAUAUUGUCAAUGCCAUCAUGGAGCUGACAAUGUAAGAGAGGAAAAGACAUCAUCUCUGCCCUUUGCGUGUUUCCCUAGUAAUGCUGCUAUAUUGCACCACCCAAAAUUCUGUUGAAAAUAAAUCUGUUAAAACUAUAGCUGUUUGAUUCUUAAAUCAUAAUACAGUUUGAACUUACUUUUAAUAUUGCCUUAAUGGCUCAGUUGUUAGAGCAGAAAAUUGUAGAAAUAAAAGCUGGUAUCCUCAAGAUUGCUGGUUUGAAUCUGACUUGAAGUUUUCCUGAUCAUU